AUGGACUACUUGAUUGAUGUUAUUGGUAUUUUGUCUUCUGUUGGUCGUGAAAAGGUGUAUGAAAGGAAUCGUGUAGCUACUAAAUUUAAAGUUAUUGAGUUGGAAUCCAAUGGAAUUAAGCUUGAGUACACGCUAUUUGGGCUGUAUGUUAAUGCCCUUGACGCCUUUCUGCAAUCUGGCUGUAAUGGAAAUGUUGUUGUGGUUGCUCAAUAUCUAAAAGUGAAAUUGAUUGUUAAGAUAAUAUUGUUUGUAUUAUACUCUAAAAGGAUUUUCUGCCCUAAGUGUGAAAAGUAUGUUUGGACAAUUGUGCCAAGCUACCGUAUCAAAUUUAGGGUGAUUGAUGAAACCGAUUUUGUCACAUUCGUUGUUUUUUAUCGUGAUUGCUAUCUACUAACAAAGAAAAUAUGUGUUGAUUUGAUUGAUCAAAUGGAUUGUGAUGAUGAGCCAACCAUUUUGCCAACAGUUAUUGGUGAAUUGGUUGAACAAAUUAUGCUCUUUAAGAUAGUUUUGAACAAUGACGUGAACUCUGGGUUUGAACAGUCAUUUUGUGUCAAAAAAUUGUGUCCUGACCAAGAAAUCGUGGCUAAAUUCAAAAAUGUUGUUCAUGUAUUAUAUAUUGUCGUACAUAAUGUAAGUGUUAGUUAG